CGAUUGACUGGUAGUGUGCACGCCAACGAAAAAAGUAACACAAAAUAUAAAUUUUGUUUUACAUUUCCCCACACCCUGUUUCGUUAUUAAUAUAAAUUUAUUAUGUUGUAUUUGUUAUAAUUUUACUGAAUUCUUCUUUAAAUUAUAAAGUAGCAUCGAAGAAGAGUGCGUCCGUACUAAUAUUGAAUUUUUCGUACCAAGAAUUAAAAAACAAAACUUUCACAAUCCCUUUGACGGCAACAUAUUGUCGCUGGUUUAAUUUUUAUUCGGUUGAGUUGAGUUUUCUUUUUUUUUCUUACUUACUGAAAUUGCAGUACUGUGUUCGCGUUGUGUUGUUGCCUCGUGUUGUGUUUUCUAUAAAUGUUGUCGGCUUUCAUAUCUGCUUCUCCACGAGCUGUCAACGACUCUGACUGCUGUUAUCGUCGGCGUUGAUGUGCCAUACAACGUCGUACAUGUGCAUAGUGUUGUUGGAUACUUUUCUCUAAAUAAAAUAAAAAAAAAACAACUGCGCACCAAAUAUAUUUCUAUUUUUUUGUCAAUGCCUACUUAGCAAAAUUUCAAUCCACAAAUGAUUUCGACCAAAAUAAAGCAAAAAAUGGAAGAACUAAUAAUAGAUUAUUAAAAGCCAUAAGAUAGAUCAAGCUGCUUUAACAGAAAAAAACUAGCGAAAAAAAUAUACAUAUAUAUUCCUAUGGAUGACGUACGUAUUAUAUGCUUUAAUACAAUGCUGUAAGAAGAACCAGAUUUUUCUCUUGGCUAGUUUUUGCUUUUCCAGUUUUGUUCCUAUUUCCUUACGCAUAAUAGGAAAAUUUACUUUGUAGAGAGACAUGCAAUAAGGGAUGGUUAUUAUUUUAUUCGCACCCUAAACAAUUUGGAAUGUUGUUUGCCCCGCUCUGAAGAGUAAUAUCUACCUGAUAUCGGAUUAUUAGGGAAAAAAAUGGUUGUGUUGUAUGUGGAGGCAUACAAGGUAUCACAACAAUAAAAUAACCUAACACAUGCUUUGACUUCUUCCUUACAUUUAUGAGUUUAAAAAAAAUUCCUGUUAACUGUGGAUUUGCAGCCUAGUAACCCGCCAUUCAAAAGUGGAAUGAUUAUGAAAUUAUAUCUGGUAAGGGUGUUGAGAAUCACUUUGCUUCAAAUACAACUGAUAGAGAUUUUGUGAUGUUAGAACCACAACAUUCUAUUGAUAAAAAAUGCUUUAGAAUUGAGAAAAAAUAUAGCAAUUAAGUUUUUCUUUUUUUUUUAAACGAAAGAAUUCCAAAUGAAAAUAGUUUGGAUUUGACAGGGGUGCAAUUUUUAGUAGUUAAGUUAAAGCGCCUAUUUCUAAAAAUCAACUUUCACAAUAAAGGAGAAAAUUCUGUCAGAAACAAUAUUUUGUUAUUACUAUAAUUGAAACAAUUGAACAAAAACUCAAUGAAAAAUUUAAUAGUUAUUUCAACUUCCUUCUGAAUAAAAAAGAAGUUUAAGCAACAACAACAAAAUUGCAACAAGGUCCUAAAGAUUGCUUUUAAUUCUAAAUGUUAAACUCGGACAGAAAAUCUUCAGACAAAUUCGCCGAACAAAUCAAUAUCCAGCAGCCGAUAGAAGUUCUUAAUGAAUUUGAUUUACCUGCGAAUACUCUAAAUGAGACAAAAAUAUAUUGUAAUGUAAAUGAAUUUGAUAAUACACAAAAUAAAAAUGAGAACCAAAUCAACGAUAUUAGCUGCAAUGUCACAGAAGGUGUUGUCAGCAAAAAAAACAUUUCCAUGCCGAAUCAAAGCCAAGAAGUUGUCAUCAAACAAAAACAAACUAUCGGAGGGGAGGAGAUAGCGUUCGUUGAAUUGAACUCUUUUAAAAUUCAAGAAAGGAGUUCAAAACCUAAUACAAACAAAUCUCAAAGACCAAGAUAUGAAAAUAGCCAAAGUGUUCAAGUUCAACAAAUUGGUUCAAGCAAGGCGGAUACACCCACCGAUAAUCUUCCCAAUCCAAGCCCAUGUGAAUGUUCUCAAACUGAAUCCAUGAUUAUUGCAACAAGAGCCGAUGUGAUAAGUGAAAAUAACCAUGGAAAUUAUUAUCAAUUGAAAAAUGUCAACAAGCUUGGUGCUACUAUUGUUUGUGGUACUCAACAACACAAAGCAAAUUCACUUUCUAGAAGUAUCUCAUUCGCCGACAGAAUUAUUGACAAUAAUAAAUGUACCUCUGCUGAAAAUGUGAGUUGCUCAAGUCAACAUCAACAACAGCAACAAACGCCAGACAAAACUCAUUUGUCCAAGAACAAUGCAUGUAAAAGAAUAUUAUUCAGCGGUUUAUUACGAAAAUCAAAUGAAAUUGCAAAUUCCGUUAAGCGCUUGGUAAACUCGAAUAGUCUUCGAAAAACUUCUCAAAAUGAUAAUGAUUGGAAUGCUAAUAGUAAAAUUAUCGUCGAACCAUCCUGUGACGACUCAAGUAUAGUAAUCUCCGGAAAUUCGCAUCAUGCAGAACUAAAAAUCAUGCCAGGCAAACGAAUCGACAGUAUUACCAUCUCCCUUAAUAGUUCUCCCCCCACAAGUCCUGAAGUUUCUUCUUUGCAAACCAUCGAAAAGUCAGUAAAACCAGAGAUCCUACCCAGUGCUACAAUUGGUUGCGUAUCGUCCAAUCAAACUAUUGGCUUAGCAGUCCCAAAACCAAUAAUUGAAUGUAAUGAUGAAAAUGCUGACAUUGAAUUUAACUUAGAUAGUUCGAAAAAUUACUAUAGAAAGGAUAUAACGAAACAUUCAAACAAACUUUCUCAUAUGAUGAUGUCCAUGAACAAUCAAUCUAACAAUGAUAGCUCUUUCUUUGAAGCUUCUUUUGAUAAAAGUAACUCUCAACAUGAAUUGCAAGUCACAAAGAAAAGGACGAGUUUAAAUAAUACCGGUGAUAAUAAUCCAAAAUCGUACCUGCCCAUUAAAACUGAUGCAAAAAACUACAUUCUAAGGCAUAGCAACUAUGACGAAGAUAUAGUCAACCAAACUACAUCGGCAUCACCUUCAAAAGCUUUAAUAUAUGAUUCGAAACAUUCAGCUGGCAAACAACUGACACCAAAAUCUGAAUUAGACCCAUUAGAUGAUUACGAAUCUUCUCUCUGGUCUUGGCUGCAUGGUAAUGCAAUAAAUAGGAAACCAUACCAUGGCUUACCUUGUAACAUCAAAACUGCUGAUCUUAAAUUAAUAGUUGCAAAUUCUUUAAGUCAGCCUCCUUCUGUUUCUAUAAGUCCAGAUAAAUCUCCAUCAUUGGUAUCUCAAGCGAAAAACUCAGUUAUUGAUCGCAACAACACAAAAGCUGAUAUCAGUUUUGAUAAUAAAUUAGAACCAACUAUUGAUUAUUGUACUUGCCAUUUGAAAUGUUGCUGUGAUUGUUCUUUAACCGAUUGUUGUUUGUAUUGCUCGGUAGAUUGUCAGGCGUGUUUUCACGUUCCGUGCUCACAAUACAGUUGCGCUCUACCGUGCAAUGUACCGAAGUCAUCUUCAAUUUUGCCCAAAACCAAUCAGAACGAUACGCCUUUUAUACAAUGGACGAACACAAAUGUUCUUGAAUGGAUGACGGCUGUGAAUUUGUAUCCUUUAGUUGAGAUAUUUAAAGCUAACAAUGUUAUGGGAUGUGAUCUGCCAAAUCUUGACGAUGAAAAACUAAUGAAUAUGGGCAUAAAAAACUGCAACCAUCGUAUUGCAAUUCUCCAAAGUAUAAGAGAAUUAACUAGUGGUGUUCUAAUAUCUGAACAACCACAAAUUACGCUACCAUCGGAAACCGAAGAAGCACGAGAAGCAGUUCCUCCACAUCGUCAACAUAUCUUCAUCGAAUCUAGUUUUGAUGCUCCAGAAAUUUGUGAUAAGUGUAAUCGUUAUCUUCGUGGCGUGAUACAUCAAGGUCUGCAGUGUGAACUAUGUGAUUUCAUAAUACAUAAAACAUGCUUGGCUAACGGCUUAGCUGUUAAUUGUCCAGCAGUACGAUCGAUAACUUCUACAAAUACAAUAAGUGGUUAUUACGGUCAACUUACCGCCUGUGAUUCUGUCGAUAUGACAUUAGCGGCUGCAGCAAGAGAAGCAGCUGAUAGUGGUACACCAAGCAAAUUAUCUAAAACAAGUUAUACGCUUCAAAAUAUUCCAAUUUUUGGUAUUGGCUUAUGUCAUCAAUUCGAUGCGGACAAAAUUGAUGCUCCUGCUGUCCUUAUAUCUGCUACCAAUGCUUUAGAAUUAAAAGUAAAACAUUUGCAUAUUGACUUAUAUAAGCUGUACAAGUCCACUUCGAUCCCAGAUGACUAUAAUACGGAACUCAUUGAUCUGCUCACAUCAUCAAAAACAGAUUUAAAUUCCUUGGACAGAGUAGAACCUCAACAGUUGGUUGGAUUUAUAAAAAAAUAUUUAAGAGAGUUAAAGGAUCCAUUAAUACCAAUGGUUUGGUAUGAUAAAUUCAUCACUGCAGCAAAGCUCUAUCCAGAAGAUCCGUCAACAAGUAUGCAGCAAGUAGUAAACUAUACCAAGUUGUUGGCUGUGCAUCAUGUAAAGACAUUAACAUUUUUUAUGGAUCAUUUGCGACGAAUUUCGGCAAUUCAAUUUUCGAAUGGACGGCGAGAGCCGCCAACGAUUAUGUUACAAUCCUUCUCUCAUAUUCUGAUUCGUCCGCCUUGGAGCAAUAUCAUUCAAGUUAUCACUAACACCGAACAUCACAUUCGAAUCAUUGAAAUACUCUUUCAAACGUGGAGGGGCGAAGAGGAAGUUCCCCGAUUCGAUGAAGCUCCCGCUGUACCUCCAAGAAAAGUAUCUCUUGCUAGCUCUGUAAAUAUUGGCAGUGGACCUUUAUCAAGAGGGUUUUCCGCAACUUCGUGGAAGCCAUCAGUUCCAGUCUCAAUAUCUGGAAGCAGUUUACAUUUUCAAUCGUCUGCAAUCUCGUCGAGUUACGCAUCACCUUCUAUGAAUCCAGAAUCGAGCAUCAGAGGAAAACCGACCCCACUACCACAACAACAACCAGUUGUAAAAUCGUCUUCAGUAGGAAAGUCAUCUCUGCUUCAUCAAAUGAAAGCAACAGAUUCACUUAAAGAUGCCGAGUGGUAUUGGGGCAAAAUAACUCGCGAAGAAGUUAAAUCGCGUCUUUUUGGAGAACCCGAUGGCAGUUUCAUGGUGCGAGAUGCUCUUUCAAAAGAAGGUGAAUACACAUUGACUUUAAUCAAAGAUGGCACUGAAAAGCUUAUUAAGAUCGUUCAUGACAAUGGAAAGUAUGGAUUUGUCGAUUGUAAAUUUAAUUCUGUCGUCGAUUUGAUUAACUACUAUAAAACAAAUUCCUUAAUGCUAUACAAUAAAACCCUUGAUAUUACAUUGAUGAAACCAAUUGUUCGGAAAGUUGACGAAGAAUCUACGCAUGGCGAAACAGGAAGUCGUGAAACUGAUCUUCGUGUGGUUACCGAACAUUUUUUGCAACUGCAUCAUACGUUGAACGCUUUGAAGCAAAACCUUCAGACAAAAAAAGAAACUUUUGAACGAGCUGAAAGUGAAUUGAGUGAAAAGAAAUCGGCUCUUGAAGUUUUCGGAAUCGCACGUCAAAUGUUGCUUAUGCAAAUGAAAGUAAUGUUAAGUUCAAUUAAAAACGCACGACCUCAAGAUCAGGAAAGACUCAAGGAGAAUAAAAUCACAUUGCAAAACCACGUGAAAUUCUUGAACGACGAAAUGGCAAAACUUAAUAAAUACAUUGAAGAGAAGAAAGAAGAAUAUAAACAUGUUGAACGAGAAAUUAACGCGGCCAAACCAGAGAUACAGUCAAUGUCUUUUGAAAAGGACAAAAUGCAAGACCGCCUAAUUAACUUAGGUAUCAAAGAGGAAGAAAUAAAACAACUUAUUGACAUGGGCUACGAUGAUUGGAAGGAGAAAUACGAAAGUGAAUCCAAACUACCGCACAACGACGAAUCUCUUUGGUUCCUAGACGAUUGCACACGUCGCAGGGCGCAAGUGUUACUGGCUGAUGCUCCGACUGGGACAUUCCUUAUAAGACCAAGAAAAGCAGUUGAUAGCAACAAUGGCAACUAUGCUCUGUCAAUCGCCUGUAAGAAAAGCGUUCAACAUUGUAUUAUAUACGAAACUGAAAAUGGUUUUGGACUGGCACUACCUUAUAACAUCUAUGCAAGCUUAAAAAAAUUAGUUCUUCAUUAUGCUACCAACUCGCUCGAAGAGCACAAUGAUACACUGACUACGACGUUAAAGUUUCCAGUCUUAUAUUGGUAUCAUCAGCAGCAUUUAACACCACCUUAAAGAUUAGUAUACACGUGAGUGUCUAAACAAAAGAAUUCAAUUUUACUCACGACUUAUUAAGCAUAAGAUCUACUAUGACACAAUUAUAAUAUUUAAGUACCUAUGGCUUAUUUAUUUCUUUACAGAUGUCUAUGACUAUUGUAAGGCUUUAUUAGUCUAUGAAUAACGUGAUUUAAAGUAAAAUGUCUGAUGUGUCAUUUUUGUAAGCGUUUUUUUUCAGCCCGUUUAAUUAAGUAUAUAAGAUAAAAAUAUUGCUUUAAACGCUUACAAGAACUGGUCUCAUACUAGUUUUUGUAUAUUUUUUAUAAAACCAUAAGUACCGAUUUGUUAUAGUUAUAGAAAAAUAUAUUUAAUUUCGAGAUUUUAGAGAAAAAAAAACUACAAAACCCGACUUAUUAUUUUUCUUUCAAUAAUAUGAAACAACAACAAAAUGUGUUCUAAGAGAUCUGAUGUUUGUUUUUUUUUGUAAGAACUGAACGAUAUUAUAAUAAUUAACUUUGCUAUUGUUAUCUAAUUCUUACAAAUUGUAAAUUUUGAAUUCAUAUUGAACAUAAAAUUAAAACUUAUGAAAGGUAGGAUGUAUAUAUAUACUUUAUACAUAUAUAUAUAAAUAGUAUGUUUUUAUAAUAUAUUUUUUUCACACAAAGAAAAAAAAAAAGUUAAAGAAACGAGUAUCUAUGAUUUACGAAGUGCUUUACGGAUCUAUGAUUGACGAAAUUAUUUUUUAUAUUAAUUAUUAUUUUAUUCCGAUUUGUAUGUUGAGUUUAUUAUUAUAAGAACACUAUUCCUACCAUAUGUAUUUAUUAAUUUCUUUUUAAAUGUUUCUUUUUGUAAAAUUUUCUUUAGCGAACUAAUAAAAUGUCAAACGAUUUCAAUAAAAACAAUACGACAUAGUCGUACAUUAAACUAUA